UUUGAACGUUGGUGGGCGGCAAGGAGUGAGUCUGAACUGCUUUGGAUUCACAAGGACAAGACAGAAUCACCUCGUAGAUUCACAUCACAUUCCAAAAAGUCACUCCUCUUUCCCCUCACCGAUGCAAUUCAGCGUUUAGGGUUUUUCGGUUUUCUAUCUCAUCAAACUCUCAUGACUGAAUCACUUUUUUUGUUCAACUCGCGCUGCUUCCGUUUCUUCUGGCUAUUUUGUCAGGGCAGAUGAAGCCAUGAUGACUUUGGUUGCUAAUUGAGGGGUUUUGUUCAAUAGCGAUGGAGCAUGCCACUGACCAUUUGAUAUCUGCUUCAAAAUCUCUGCGCACUAAUUUGGAAAAAUCAAAGGGCUUAGGGCUGUCUAUACAGAAAGCCGGCCUUAGAUUAACAGAGAUUACUCAGCAUUUACCGUCUUUGGAAGCCACAAUCCGCCCAAUUAGGGCUCCUAAGGACGCUCUUUCUGCGGUUGCAGGCCACAUUAACCGCGCUGUGGUCCCCGCCACUGCCGUCCUCAAGGUGUUUGAUGCGAUUCACGGGCUUGAGAAGUCACUGUAUGACCCCCAAUCAGAUCUCUCCGGGUACUUGGGAGUGCUCAAGAGGCUUGAAGAGGCAUUGAGAUUCUUGGGAGAGAAUUGCGAGAUGGCCAUUCAGUGGUUAGCUGACAUUGUUGAGUACCUUGAGGACCACCGGGUCGCAGAUGGGCGAUUCACUUCCAAUUUGAAAGAGGAACUUAGCAGCCUCGGCAAAUUGGAUAAAUCUCAUCUUGAUGGAGGGCUUCUUAAAAUUGCUCUUGACAAAUUAGAGAAUGAGUUCAGGCGGCUUUUGACGGAAAAUAGUGUUCCGUUGCCAAUGUCAGAUCCUACAUUGCCAGGAGAACAAGCUUGUAUAGCUCCCUCCCCUCUUCCAGUUUAUGUCAUCCAGAGACUUCAGGCUAUUCUUGUCCGUUUGAUUGCCAAUCACAGGCUUGAAAACUGCAUUUCCAUGUACGUCGAGGUCCGUAGUUCAAAUGUCCGGGCAAGUUUGCAGGCACUUAACUUGGAUUACCUUGAGAUAUCUGUUUCUGAGUUCAACGACGUGCUGAGCAUAGAAAGCCAUAUAGCUAGGUGGGGGCGGCAUUUAGAGUUUGCAGUUAAACAUCUCUUUGAGGCUGAAUAUAAACUAUGUAAUGAUGUUUUUGAUGAGAGGUUAGGUCUGAAUGUUUGGAUGAGCUGUUUCGCUAAGAUAGCAGCUCAGGCGGGGAUUUUGGCCUUCCUUCAGUUUGGGAAAACUGUUACAGAGAGUAAGAAGGAUCCAAUCAAGCUGCUGAAGUUGUUGGAUAUAUUCUCUUCAUUAAACAAGGUUAGAUUGGAUUUUAAUAGGCUGUUUGGCGGUGCAGCGUGUGCCGAAAUCCAAAACCUCACGAGAGAUCUCAUCAAGAGGGUCAUCGAGGGUUCAUGUGAGAUCUUUUGGGAACUUUUGCUUCAAGUUGAACUUCAGAGGCAAACGCCCCCUCCAUUGGAUGGGAGUGUUCCCAAACUUGUUAUCUUCAUCACUGACUAUUCGAAUAAGUUGCUUGGGGAUGACUAUAAGCAAAUCCUCGCACAAGCACUUGCCAUUGAGAGAAGCUGGAAGCAUGAAAAAUUUCAAGAACAGCUUCUUGUCGAUGAGUUGCUGAAUAUUAUGAAAUCAGUUGAGGUUAAUUUGGAAACAUGGUCAAAAGGCUACCACGAUCACGUUUUGUCAUACUUUUUCUUGAUGAAUAAUCAUUGGCACUUGUACAUACAUUUGAAAGGAACCAAGCUUGGGGCUCUACUGGGAGAUAUAUGGUUGCAAAAGCACGAACAUUACACGGACAUUUAUUCUGACUCGUUCUUGAAAGAGAGCUGGUCAAAGCUUCCUGGCCUCUUAAGCCGGGAAGGUCUGAUUUUAUUCUCAGGCGGGCGUGCCACUGCCCGUGAUCUCGUCAAGCAAAGACUCAAAGCUUUCAAUGAAGCUUUUGAUGAGAUGUAUCAGAGGCAAUCGAGCUGGGUCAUUCUUGACAAAGACUUACGUCAGAAGACUUGCCAACGGACAGUUCAGGCAAUCGUUCCGGUUUACCGGAGCUACAUGCAGAACUAUGGGCCAUUGGUUGAACAACAGGAUGGAAGUGCCAGUAAAUAUGCAAGAUACACCGUUCAAACUCUAGAGAAAAUGCUCAACUCUUUGUUUCUUCCCAGGCCAAUUAGACACAGCAGUUUUAAAGAUCGAAGGGGUAGUGGGAGAUUCAACAGUAUUGCUACUGAUCAGGAUCCUGGUUCUCCUAACAUGAAAUGAUCGAGGAAUGUUCAUUCAUUGGCUACUUUGUUUGUAUAUAAUUAGUUCCUCAAGGAUAUAUUGGAUGCAAUUACGCAAGACAUAUGGGGGGCUAAUAUCCCUGAGAAUUCAAAUGAGCGCCAACUCUUGAAGAUCAUCCCGAAGAAGAGUGCACAUUAAUUCUUACAUGGGCUGGUAAUGUAUUAAAGGAUAUUACCAGUCAAUGCUUUAUAAUAACGAGUUCAGACACAACUAAACCGGUGGUACUGAUCCAUGCUAUGCUGCCCUGCUUGUAUUUUGUUGCACCCAGAGAACAAUGCUUCAUUUUUGGGUUCUUUGUGCCUCUAGCUGUAUACAAACCUAGAACUCCAUAAAUGUCACUUGUGCUAAAGCCAUGAACCUUAGCAGAGUAGCCCUCUAAAUUAAUAAUCAACUCUUGCAUUAUUAUGUACUUUAAAUUGCUUUGCUUGUUGAAAAUCAGUGCAGAAUUAGUUGGUUCAAUCUGAUUUCUUUUCAGCUC